AACAUAUAAAUACAACUGAAAUAUUCAUGCGUUCAUAUCAGUUGAAGUAGUCGAGAGAACUGGAAUCGGUAUAUCUUACAUUCCAAACAAAUAAAAUGAAAACUCUUGCACUUGUGACGUGUUUCCUGACAAUUUCCUUUGCUGUUGAUCCUCCAGUAACACAGUUGUACAAUUAUUAUGCAAGUUGUAUCAAAGAAUUUAAUGUACAGGAAUGGACACCGGAAGUAUGUAAAUGUGUAAUGGAGAAGUACAAAGUGAUCGACGAACAAGGUUCAAUCAACAAAGAAAAAGUUUUUUUUAAUAUUGAUAAACUCAUUUCCGAUCCGGCCAAGUUGAAAAAAACGAAAGACAUCAUCACCACAUGUCUUCAGCAAGCCCAAUCAGGAAGCAAUGAUGAAAAGACUAUGUCGUUUAUACGGUGCGCAAUACAUGUAACAGAGCUAUUUGAUAAGCCUGAAUAAAGGAAGAAAGUACAUUUUUUC